CUAUAUCAUCAUCAUAUAUGUCAGCGCCACCUAAGUAGCGCCACAUCACUUGUCUCCCUCCGCAUAAACUCCGAAUCUCCAAAUUGCGCUCAUGAAUACUUGUCUUUGAACACUCCCCAUGCAAAGGUCUCAAGAUGCUGAAUCAGUGUACGCUCAAGCUACGAAAUACGAAUUGGCUCGCGACUAUGACUCGGCCUUCCGUUUGUACAUCAAAGCCGCAGAAAAUUUCCUUCACCUCAGUAGAUCUGCUUCUGCUGCUGAGAACGAAAAAUCACAAUGCAAGAAGAGCGCCAGCAAGGCGUUAGACAGGGCAGAGAGAAUCAAACAGAUGACGGAAAAGUCGAGGUCAAGCACGAGUUCAGCAUUAGGCCAAUCCAAAGCCACGACGAAACUUACCCCAGUUAGUGUGGACUACUUCUCUCUUGAGGAACAGUCGUACGUGUUGAAGAGGGGCGGGAACGUCAACGGAGCAGUAUUUCCACUAUGGCACGAGCCUGGACCUAAAUUUAUUCAGAAACAACCCCGGCUCUCUUCCUUGCAAUCCAAAUACGGGGCUGUUUGGAGGAAUGAAGUCGAAGGUGUUCUCACGGAGGAUCGCCCUAUAUUUCCUCAAGAUAUAUCACAGAAUAUCGUCACGGAUUGUUCCGUGUGUGCUUCUAUAUCUUGUUGUAUCGAGCAUGACAAGCGAUUUGGGUCAAAUCUUGCGAAGUCGAUCUUCCAGACAUCCUUUCAAACAUCUAAAUCUGCCAAUGUCCUGCGAUCGGGACAUUCAUAUGACCUCAAGCUGCUUUUUAAUGGGGGCUGGAGACGAGUGAGCAUUGACGCACAACUACCAUAUCAUCCGACAUCAGGAGUUCCGUUAUGCUUGGCCUGUAAAUCAUCUGAUAUAGGCCAACUUGAGGCUAGGAAAUUGAAAACAUCCUGGCCGAGUAUCCUCGAGAAGGGGUACAUGGCAUUAAUGGGCGGAUAUGACUUUCCUGGAUCCGCUUUGACAGGCUGGAUUCCUGAGUACAUUGAAAUCAGAAGUGCAACUUUCGAAAGCGAAAAGACUUGGUCCAGAAUAUUGAAAGGCUACACUGGUGGAAGUUGUAUGUUCACCCUUGGCACGGGCACCAGACCGGGCAUUCAGUGGAGAGACAGAAUUCUCCUUUCAACUCAUAGCUACGCUGUGAUCGAUGUACGCGAAGAGGAAAAUGGGCGGUUCGUCAUCGUUCUUGAUUCUUGGGCUCAUUCCGAUUCUCUUGACAUCGCACUUCGGGCACGACCGGACUUGCUCGAAAUCCCUUGGUCAGAAGUAUUAAAUGUUUUUGAGGGAAUAUAUCUGAAUUGGGAUCCCAAAAUUUGGCCGUCAAGUCUGAUAUAUCAUGCGAUGUGGAAACCAAGUUCGGACAGAAAAGUAUGCACUCACCAAGUUCGUGCCAAGCUUGACCGCACUGGGUCUGAUUCUGAGGAGAUCUGGGUUCUACUCACGAGACAUAUCAACGACACAAGACAACCUGGAAAAUUCAUUGCUUGUAAGGUCCAAGUAGAAGAUGACGAAGCAGGGUGUUCCGUUGUAUGUGAUAGACAACAAGUAUCACACAAGGGAACAUUCACCAACAGUCCUCAUGUGCUAACUAAGACGAAGAUACCGACGCUCACCCAAUCUGUCUCUCUCUUAAUCUUGGUCCUAUGCGAGGAUCCUACUGAAGACACUGGUUUCGAUGUGACGAUAUUCGCACCGAAACACUUCAGACUUCAUUGGGAGAAAGAUAUUCCCAAGUUCCCUUUCUCUAAAACGUUGGAAGACAUCCUGACCAGUAAAAACUCUGGUGGAAAUCAUACAUAUCCCACCUUCAUGAUCAAUCCUCAAUAUCAUUUACGUAUAUGUUCUUCCAAACAGGACAAAGUGAGAACAGCAAGACGUACGACAGUCGUCGUAGAAACCAACAAGGACCUUCCUGUUCAGGUCAUGAUUUGCUGGUCACAAGGCCAAAGACUUUUUGAACCUUCACAGAAGAGCAUUGCUGCUACUUCGGGAUCAUACACUCAUGGACUUGCUCGACUUACCACUCAACUUCUACCUGGGGAUUAUAGCAUUAUCGUGUCCACAUUCGAACCGUACCAAACGGGGGCAUUCUCAUUGAGCGUAAGUAGUUUCGCGAACAUCGAGGUCACUCCGAUCCCUCAGGAAGGGGCUGGAAUGUACAGAAAGGCUAUCAAGGGUACAUGGGAUACCUUGUCAGCCGCUGGAGGACCGAGCUUCAACCGAUAUUUCCAAAAUCCAAUAUAUGAAUUGAACCUUCCAGCACAAUCUCAAAUCAUGAUCCGGCUACAACUCCUUCGUCCAUCUGCGGGCGUCAGCUUGAACGUCACUAUUUAUCCUGCAUCAGUAAACAGAAUAUCUAGUGAUCACCAUGUUGCGACUUCCGGUCCCUACGACGAUCCAAUCACCGGAGUGGUAACCUCUUUGACAUUAUUACCCAGAGGCCAAUAUUGGGUUAUUCCUUCGACUUAUAAUCCCGGAACGCAAAGUGGAUUUCAAUUGAUCAUGUUUAGCACACUCGCAUCAAUUGAAGUUAAGCCAAAACUAUUAUGAAAGGAGUAGGAACGGAUUAAAGUUAAAUGACAUCUUUACUGCGUUCAACAUCUUUUGCGGAGAAAUGAGUCGGAAGUCAGGAGAAAUUGGUUGACUCUUUUCAAGGUAUCCCGUGCAGGAUUGGCUUCCGGUCUCGCAGCAAUAAUCCACUCCAAGCGCAUCCGGAUGGUUCGCUUGUCUAGAAGGGUGUAAUUAGUGGGGAGACAAAGGAUAUAGAUGAUCAAAGUGUUGUAUCUACCAGGAAUAAUAUCAUGUAAACCAUCUACCACGA